CAAGCGUUUCUCGUGUGGCGUCUUGGGGUAACCUUAAAUCAAUCAAUGAUGCAGUGCGCUCGCACCGAUAAGAGCAGCCCACAAAAAGUCGAACGAAAACAAAUGGGCAAUUGCAAUUGGUUCGAUCUGCGACGGGACGAGGAUAUGGGGAGGGACGCCGAAAGCGAAACAUACAGCCAAGCAUUCGAAACACAGACGCACCGCACGAAAAUAUACGGAUACGGAUUCGGGACCUGGCAUCAGCGGAAUAUCGAGCAGAUACGUAAGACGCGUACACGGCGGGCACAGUGGUCGCAGAACCAUUAUAAGCAAUACAAAUUUGACAUGAAACUGCCAAGAGCAAUUAUCAUAUCGUGGGAUUAAUUAAUGGUCCCACACCUUUGGCGCCGAAAACGUGAACGAUUAUCGUGUCACGUUAAAUCUUCUCGACAUUCCAUCUGGUUUUGUUUGCGCAAAAACAAACAAUUAAUCAAUUGAAUUAAUUGAAUAACUUUUUACGGGUCAAAUAUAAACUAGACCCACUGUGCAUGCGUAAGAUAUAGACAAGUGCGGUCAAAAUAAUAGCUUUAAUGGUCUACCGAAAUUUACCUGAAAUUUAUAUUAUAUUCUUUCUAUAGACGUUUGUGGUUCAAGGAAAAGCUUUCUGGAAAAUAAAACGUAUCUCUCAACAUUAUUACUUUUGUUUAAUUCGUUAUCAACUCGGAGUAAUUUGUAUUAUUUCUAAAUCUACAAAAAUGGGGUUUCCGAACCCUUUCGUUUA